AUGUCGUCUAGUCCAGCUGAAAACUUACUUGUGGUUCCUCUGGAGAACAAAGUUUUGUUGCCUUCUGUCAUUCUCAAGAUAAACAUGAGAGGCAGAGACGCUGUCACUUUGACUCGGAAACACUUACGUGCUACUGAACAACGCAAACCAACAUUUAUCGCAUGUAUCCCAUUGAUUGGUAAACCCACACAACAGGAAGCCAAAGAUGAAGGAUUCGUGAAACCAGAAGAUAAAGAACGUUUGUUUGGGUAUGGAUGCACAGCACGCAUUAUUAAAGUCCAGCGAUCUGGAUUAGGUGCUUUUACAAUGUUUGUCGAAGGUGUGUCUCGCUUUCAAGUAGAUCAAUAUCAUAUGGGAGAAGACCAUUUACUCUAUGCCCAACCCAAGUAUUUUCCAGAUGAUGAAGAUCUGGAAGAGAAUGAUGACAUGAUUCGAUUCAAGGCACUGGUGAGAGAAUUCCUGGCUAAAAUGAAGGAUUUAAGUAUGCCUGAACAUCUCAUUCAGCAACUGACCAAAUUGAUUGAUUCUGUUCCACCACCCGUGUUGGCUGAUCUUUUGGUGUCUGUGAUUGAGACGUCGUUCGAUGAAAAGCUGACCAUGUUGUCGACCACACAAUUGAAAGAGCGAGUGGCCAAGGCUUCUGAAUACAUGACGCGUCAAUUACAUGCAAGUACAAGGUGUAUUGUACUUAAGAUCUCUGAACAAGUACAUUCAAGCAUUGAAGGUAAACUCUCCAAGAAACAAAGAGAAUUUUAUCUUCGUCAACAGUUAGAAGCCAUCAAGAAAGAAUUAGGCGAGAGUGAUACAAAUGGAGGAAAAGAAGAAGAUGACAUUGAACAGUUGUCAAAAAAGAUCAACCAAACCCAUUUGUCAGAAGAAGCAUCCACAGUGGCUCAAAGAGAACUCAAGCGACUUAGAAAGCUACAGCCUGCAUCCAGUGAAUAUGCUGUGGCACGCAAUUACCUUGAACUCUUGGCUGAUUUGCCAUGGGAUAAACGAACACAAGACACUAUUGAUAUUCAUGUGGCCAAGAAGAAGCUGGAAGACGAUCAUUUUGGACUAGAUCAUGUCAAAAAGCGUAUCAUUGAAUACUUGUCCGUCAUUAAAAUCAAAGGGGAUUUAAAGGCACCUAUUAUUUGUUUUGUGGGUCCUCCUGGUGUAGGAAAGACAUCUCUUGGCAAGUCCAUUGCCUCUUCUCUUGGCCGUGAAUUCCAUCGUAUUUCAUUAGGUGGUGUGCGCGAUGAAGCAGAAAUGAGAGGACAUCGUCGUACUUAUGUAGGAGCCAUGCCUGGUUUAAUUAUCCAAGGUCUUCGUAAAGCCAAGGUCAACAAUCCAUUGUUCUUGCUAGACGAGAUUGAUAAGCUCGUCCAGUCUUCUCAUUAUGGAGACCCAGCAGCAGCUUUGUUAGAAGUCCUUGAUCCAGAGCAAAACAAUAGUUUCUCAGACCAUUACCUCAAUGUACCAUUUGACUUGUCCAAUGUACUGUUUAUUGCCACGGCCAAUAGUGUUGAUACUAUUCCAGAGCCUCUUUUGGAUCGUAUGGAAUUGAUCACACUCAACGGCUACACCUUUGAAGAAAAACUCCAUAUUGCUCAAGUGCAUUUAUUGCCCAAACAACUGUUGGCCCAUGGUCUUCAAAAGGACCAAGUGGUCAUGGACGAUCAAGUCUUGUUCAAAAUGGCUGAGAAUUAUACCCGAGAAAGUGGUGUUCGUAGUCUAGAAAGAACGAUCGCCUCGGUUGUUCGAGCCAAAUGUGUUGAGUUGGCCAACUUGCGAGAAUCAAACAAAGAAGAAGCCUACAAUCCUCAUGUCUCUCUUGCAGACAUGGAAGAAAUUUUGGGCAUGGCCUUUUAUGAAAAAGAAGUGGUAGAACGAGAACCACUUCCAGGUGUAGUGACAGGCUUGGCUUAUUCGGGCAGUGGCAAUGGUGGUAUUUUGUUUGUCGAGUCCACUAAAAUGCCCGGCCAUGGUGACUUAAGAUUGACAGGAUCUUUGGGCGAUGUGAUUAAAGAAUCUGCACAAUUAGCCUUAACCUGGGUUAAAGCACAUGCUUAUGCUCUCAAAAUGGUACCCACUGAAGACACGAACCUUGUGGAGAAAUACGAUGUUCAUAUCCAUGUCCCUGGUGGCGCAGUGCCUAAAGAUGGUCCUAGUGCUGGUGUUACUUUGGUCUGUUCUCUUGUGUCUUUGUUUUCUGGUUACCAUGUACCACCUACCACAGCCAUGACAGGUGAAAUAUCCUUAAGAGGACAAGUCUUGCCUGUAGGCGGCAUUAAAGAAAAAGUUGUAUCUGCUCAUCGAGCCGGUAUUCGCAAGAUUAUUUUACCGUUCCGUAACAAAAAGGAUGUUCACCAAGACGUACCUGACAAAGUCAAGCAAGACAUUGAGUUUAUCUAUGCCAAGCAUAUUUGGGAAGUAUUGGAAGCUGCUCUUGUCAUGAAUGAGCGCGAAACAUGGACACAUCGCAUGUAUGAAAGCCAUUUAUAA